AUAACUAUCAUUUGUUAUGGAAAAGUGUACUUAAUAAUUAUUCCACUAUUUAAAAUGUACAAUUAAUGUAACUGUGCCCACGCAUCAAACUUACAAAAUACGUUUUCAGUCUCUCAUCUGUGAUCUGUCAUCUGAAAAAUCAACAAACGUUAACCAGAUGUCAUAUCACUUUACAUAACCUUGCAGCUACAUUAUCCAAAGGAUUCGUUUGAUAAUAUUAGUGAAAUUGAAUUAAAUACUUGUUCAAACAAUUAGAAAUAUAACUGUAUAACUAUAAUCUAUCAGUUUAUAAAAUGAUUCGUAAUAGAUUGUUACAUUUGGCUCAAUUGAGUGCUAUUGGUCUAACCGGGUACUAUGUUGGUCAAAAUAAGGAUAGGCUUUGCGAUAUUUUGUCGGAUGACUCCGUAGUUAUUGAUGGAAAACGAAUUAAAAGCAUGCCUGGCCUACCGGUCUUCGGAACAGUGUCAGCGGCAACUCCUUACAUGGAAAUGGGCGGCAAAGAUAGGGUAUCACAAAUAAUGAAAUAUGGUUUCCCUAGUUUGGAUAAUGUGAGGUCAUAUGAUGACUUUGUUCUGUCCUACGACAGACGUAACAGGGUACCUAACUGGGUGUUUGAGCAUAUCACCAAAGAUCACAUAGCUAAGAAUGAUCAGGUGGACCGCAGUAAAUGUGACUUUAAACCGGAUGAGAGCAUCCAUCCCUUCUUUAGAUCGCAGAACUCUGACUACAAAGGUUCUGGGUUCGACCGCGGGCACAUGGCGGCAGCUGGUAACCACAGGCUGGCACAGAAGCAUGUGGAACAGACAUUCUUCCUCACUAACAUGGCGCCACAGGUUGGAGAAGGCUUCAAUAGACACGCGUGGAACACAUUGGAGAAACACGUUCGGAAGCUAACUAAAGUGUAUAACAACGUUUACUGCUGUACCGGUCCGUUAUAUCUGCCCAGGCGUGAAUCUGACGGCAAAUCCUACGUGAGGUAUCAAGUAAUAGGCGCCAACACAGUAGCUGUCCCUACUCACUUCUAUAAGGUGGUGGUUUGCGAGGCUCCUGACGGCACCCUCGACAUGGAGGCCUACGUCAUGCCGAACCAGAAGAUACCGGACGAGACGCCCGUGUCUUCGUUCAUGGUCCCACCUGAAACAGUUGAGAGGGCAGCAGGGCUUCUGUUCUUCGAUAAGGUCCACAGAAGUAAAUUGAACAGAAUAAAUGGAAAAAAGGUGUAAAAGCCAGGCCAAAUAUUUGAUAGGAGACUAGUCAAUGUAACUAUAGCAUAUGUUUACGUAGACCGAGGAUCUUAGGGCCUACUGCCACGUCUUAAAAUAUAGUAGUAAUUGUGGAAGAGAGAUGGGAGUAUUCGGCGUGUAGUGCGCUGUCUUGCUUCCACAACUGUAUAAUAUUGUUUUCUGAAGCAUUGAUAGCGUUGUGGUAAGUCUGUAGGACUUGCCAAGUCAAGAGAUCCCAAUUGAAGGCAUCAUCUUCUUAAAUGUUUUUUUUUUGUUAUCAUGUCAAAUCGUACACACAACACGGCUGCUUGUGUCUUGCGAUACUAGCCGUCUUGGCCGAAAAUCAAUCAGGACAUUUUAUAUUUAUUGAUUAAAUUAUUAAUACAAGUCAAGACAUUAUCAAUAUUACUUUAAGACGUAGCGGUUGGCCCUCCAGCACCUUUAUUAUCGGUUCAUCAAAAACACAAUUUAAUCAAAUUUAUCUCCAUUCAUUAUAUUAUGUAUAUGAAGUUAAUCUCACAAGAUUCGAUGAAUUAGGUUUUUGAAACUGUCGAUUUUUGCUAGAUGUUAUUGUAAAUGGAAUAUAAUUAUGAUGAGUUUGUACAUAAUUGUCAUUUGUAAAUAAAAUUUUCGUUACAAUA